AUGUGUCCCACGGCGGAGUUCACUCAGCUGUCAUUGGUGCCGGUCUGCCGGCAGGCGAAUAAUGCAAUGAAAUGUACUGGAAUCAUAUUGGCGGAUCCGACAGUCUCGCUGGUGGCAGAAGCUGGUUUUCGAGAAUUAACGGAAUUGACGAAAUCGAUGCUUGGUGCUCUAGGUGUAAUGGACGUUUUGUUGAAGGCAUAUCUCGCAGCUGCUGGAAAUUAG